GAGCGGCGAGGGGGUGGGGAAGAGGGGGGGCUCCGCUUUGUGUGGAGAUUUUGAGGGUGGAGGGGGAAGGAGGGGGGCUGUUUGGUUCUCCCUCGCUGGGGGGGUUGGAAACCACUGGCUUUGGUCCCCCCCCCCUUGCCUGUCAGAACAGACUAUGGUGGGGGAAGACUGACAGGCUCCUCCCCCUUCUUGCUAGCCCCUCCCAAUUUUUAGCAGGGGGGGCAGCUCUUUGCCUGGGUUGCUGGGUGGAGGAGAGGAGCUUUCCUUCAGACGGCUGCCCCCUCCCCAUUUUAGGCUCGCCCCUCCCUCCUUUUUAACAGCGCAGGGGGGGCAGCUCUUUACCUGGGCUGCUGGGCGGAACCCCCCCCCCUCCCCAUUUUAUGCCCGGGGUGGACAGCUCCUUGCUUUGGGCUGGGCUGAUGGGUGGGAGGGAGCCACCUGCCCUGUGACUGUACCCCCCAGAUCCCCCAGGUGUGGUGAGCCCUUGCGCACAGGCGGACGGGUGCGCACACUGACGCUCGCUGGCACGUCUGUGGGAUUGCUCCGGCUGACAGGUGGGCGCACCUGGACCCUGCGAACAUGGGGGACCACAGAGAUGCCGCCGGCGACGUCAACUCCAACCUGCUCAUCGGCUGCAGCACGGGGGACUCCCAGCUGGACCAGGCCGUCUGGCAGUGGCUGACCUGGGACAAGAAUCCUAAAACGAGAGAACAGAUCGAGGACCUGCUGCGGAACGGGAGGAGCAAAGAGCUCCGGGACCGUCUGUGCCGCAGGCUGACGUUUGGGACUGCCGGGCUGCGCUCAGCCAUGGGAGCUGGUUUCUGCUACAUCAAUGAUCUUACUGUGAUUCAGUCCACACAGGGGAUGUACAAAUACCUUGAGAAAAGUUUCUCGGACUUCAAGCAGCGCGGCUUUGUUGUGGGUUACGACACCCGAGGUCAAGUGACCAGCAGUUGCAGUAGUUUACGGCUCGCCAAGCUCACCGCCGCCGUCCUGCUAGGGAAGGGAGUGCCCGUCUACCUGUUUUCAAGAUACGUUCCCACACCUUUCGUGCCCUAUGCGGUUCAGCAGCUGGGAGCUGUAGCCGGCGUGAUGAUCACUGCCUCCCACAACCGCAAGGAAGACAACGGAUACAAGGUGUACUGGGAAAACGGCGCUCAGAUCACUUCCCCUCAUGAUAAAGAGAUCCUGAAAUGCAUCGACGAAUGUGUGGAGCCGUGGGAUAACUCCUGGGACGAGAAUCUGGUGGACACCAGCGCUCUGACACAAGAUCCUCUGCAGAAAAUCUGCGCAAGCUACAUGGAGGAUUUGAAAAAGAUCUGUUAUCACAGGAAGCUGAACACACAAACCAAGCUGAAGUUUGUCCACACUUCUUUUCACGGCGUCGGUCACGACUACGUGCAGCUGGCCUUCCAAGCGUUUGGCUUCCAGCCUCCCAUUCCAGUCCCUGAACAAAAAGAUCCAGAUCCGGACUUUUCUACUGUCAAAUGCCCGAAUCCCGAGGAAGGAGAAUCCGUGCUGGAACUGUCUCUGCGGCUGGCCGAGAAGGAAGGUGCUCGGGUGGUGGUGGCGACAGAUCCCGACGCGGACCGACUAGCUGUGGCGGAGCUGCAAGAGAACGGCCGCUGGAAAGUCUUCACAGGCAACGAGCUGGCUGCGUUGUUCGGGUGGUGGAUGUUUACUUGCUGGAAAGCAAGCCGCGCCAAGGACCGCGACGUCAAGAACGUAUACAUGCUGGCCACGACCGUCUCCUCUAAAAUCCUGAAGGCCAUCGCGCUCAAAGAAGGAUUUCACUUUGAAGAUACGCUCCCUGGGUUCAAAUCGAUUGGCGGCCGAGUCAAAGACUUGCUGGAUAGCGGCAAAGAAGUCCUUUUUGCCUUUGAAGAGUCCAUCGGCUUUAUGUGCGGCACUUCCGUGUUGGACAAAGAUGGCGUCAGCGCAGCCGUGGUGACUGCAGAGAUGGCUGCGUUUCUGGAUACCAAGAGCCAAACUCUGGCCCAGCAGCUAACAGAAAUCUAUAAGACAUAUGGCUAUCACAUUUCAAAAACCUCCUACUUCUUGUGCUACGAUCCUGUCACCAUCAAAAGGAUAUUUGAAAGGCUGCGGAACUUCGGAUCGCCGAACUCUUACCCAGAAUACUGUGGGGCUUACGGCAUCUUGCAUGUGCGGGACGUCACCACGGGCUACGACAGCAGCCAGCCGAACAAGAAGUCGGUCCUGCCCGUCAGCCGAAACAGCCAGAUGAUCACGUUCACCUUCCAAAACGGCUGCGUCGCCACCCUCCGGACCAGCGGAACGGAGCCAAAGAUCAAAUAUUAUGCGGAGAUGUGCGCGCCGCCAGAUCAGAGUGACGUGGCCUUCCUGGAAGAAGAUCUGCAGAAACUCAUCGACGCCCUCGUGGAGCAUUUUCUGGAGCCCAGCAAGAACGGACUGAUCUGGCGCUCUGUGUAGCCCCCGUCCCGGCCUUGGCUUAUCAUACGAGUCACUUUAUGCACUGCGUCGUGCGGAACAAAGGAACCAAGGAUAUCGCUACCGUUUGCAUUAAUUUAACGUCUCUCUGUGUGUGUUCUCUAUACGGAAGCAGUAUUUUCUCAUCCGCUUUUUCAAUCCAGAGUGGCGAGCUGGCCAUCCGAUCGCUUUAUGGGUCCCUCCUUUCAAAGCUGACAGGAAGCGCCCGGGCCGGUUCCGGCCACGUUACCGGGUGCCGAUUGGUGGCAUUUGCUUCUUCCGCCAUCACAGCUCUUUAAAAAAAUAUAUCGGUCAUUUUCAUGGGUUCUCUCUGGUUUUACGCUAAUUUUUGGCAAUAGAUAUAUCGCAACAAGCUAGUGGUCAUCAGAUGAAAAAGGGUAGGGAUCGUAUUUGGACAGACGUCUGGUGUCGCUCCUUAGUAGCUGUGUUUGAGCGUAGACUUCUUUGCUGUCCGAGAGUCUUAAUUCUGUCUCUACUCUUUCCCACCACCCCCCCUAGCUUAGUCUGAGUUGUUUAGCGGUAAUAAGGUUUCCAACUUCCGUUCUAAAUGGUGCUCUUUCUGCUUCUGUGUUCUUAUACGUCUGUGUCCUUUCUCGAAGUUUACUUAACAGCAUCCGCUGUGGCCGGGCUUGUCUCGGAGCGUCUGCACGGUAGUCAUGGAAGCCUGCCGGGGCGCAUGUCCGUUUUGGUCCAGGGGCAGGAGAGAAGCUACCGUGGGGGACCUGGACGUGGCCGUGCCAAUUUUGACUUCGCGGGCCUCCACGAAAAAUCCCUCCAGCCUUUAGAAAACAAGGAAAGGACAGUGGUUUCCUACUUGAUUGCAUCUGGCAGCAAGAUGUCAAAGAGGCUUUGCUAACGAUCCCAACUAUCGCAUUCUUGCGGCCGUAGCUAAAAUUUUUGCAGGAUUGGAAACAUCAGUCCAAAGCUCCGUAGUCUGCCUGGGUCCUUAAAGAAGGUGAGUUGAAACAGUCUCUCCUUAUGGAUCUGGUCUCGCAGAGUGCCGGGAUGGCUCAAUCCGGCACUGCACGUUAAUAAACACGGGCGCCGUGAGAUCUCGCCUGACUCUGUUUCAGGGGCUGUGUUGCAACUGGGCAGGCAGAAACUCCCCAAGAAAGGGGGGGACGGCUUCCUUGGCAGGUCUUGGCUAAGAAACAAAUGCGCUGCAUCAACCGCUGAUAUUAUCAAACGUUAAAGUGCAACAGUGGAAAAAGUGCAAUACUCUCAUACGACUCUAUACGAUGUAGCACAUCCAUUUCAAUAGCAGCUUCUUUGGCGUCGUCUUCAAACAGUCCUUUCAGUUAGUCCGUAUAUAUACUAGGACGAAUUCUCUUUCUUUGAAGACCGUCAACCGAUUUCCACAUGCUGCGCUCCCUGCAUUCCGUCAAACCGACUUGCUGUACGUAUGGUAAACAACCGGACUGGUUGUUAUCCCAACCAAGACUGACGAAUUAAUCAUAAUCUGAAGAAGACUGAAUCGAAAACGGUUACAGUAGCGCAACCCGUCAAUUGUGUCUAUCGGACUGGGCCAAGACCAGUCCGGUUGUUUACCAUACGUACAGCAAGUCAGUUGGACGGAAUGCGGCUGACGGUCUUCAAAGAAAGAGAAUUCGUCCCAGUAUAUGUAUGGACUAACUGAAAGGGCUGUUUGAAGACGACACCAAAGAAGCUGCUAUUGAAAUUGAUGUGCUACAUCGUAUAGAGUCGUGAUGGUGAACCUUUGGCACUCCAGAUGUUAUGGACUACAAUUCCCAUCAGCCCCUGCCAGCAUGGCCAAUUGGCUAUGCUGGCAAAGGCUGAUGGGAAUUGUAGUCCAUAACAUCUGGAGUGCCAAAGGUUCGCCACCACUGGUAUAGAGUAUUGCACUGUUUUCGCACUUUUUCACUGUUGCACUUUAACGUUGGUUGAAAUAUUGAUAAUAUCAGCGGUUGAGGCAGCGCGUUUGUUUCUUGACUGAUUGUAUACGUUGCAUCCAUUGAGAAAUUGAGAGCUUGGCUAGAGCUUCCGUCUCCAGACGGAAACAUGUACUAAACGGGCAGACAUCGCAGCAAGAACUUUACAGCCUGUUGGCCAGAGACCGUUUCCUUGCUCACAAACGUAACACUGCAGGUACAGGCGUGUCUUUCACUACAGCCUCCUGCCCAUCCCUGAAAGAGGGACCGCAGGCACGGAGUCAUCUGGGGGGGUCUCAAGAGGUCAGAAAGACCCUGAGCAAGCAGUGCGUUCGGCACUCAGAGUCCCUGCUUCCGUCUGGCCUCCAAGGCAGAUUCUGUGGCUGUCGUGAGCCCCAGUUGGCUUUACUAUCUAGGCCAGUGGUGGCGAACCUAUGGCACUCCAGAUGUUCAUGGACUACAAUUCCCAUCAGCCCCUGCCAGCAUGCUGGCAGAGGCUGAUGGGAAUUGUAGUCCAUGAACAUCUGGAGUGCCAUAGGUUCGCCACCACAGAUCUAGGCUUUGAAGGUGCCAAGGAAAGGCGAAGGGAGAUCUGGCUACAAGAUCAACAUCCAAGGUGGUCCGUCCUUUGGCGCGAGGUGGGGGCUCGCACGUCUGAUUGGCACCUCCGCAUUUUUGAAACCCUUCCUCACAGGAAACCAGGAGAUGGGUUUUCGUGUAGGCCCGGCCUUCCUUCUGCACUAAAGAGCAUCCGCUUGACCGAGACAGUCCAACCGAGACUCGAGCUCGUCAGGCAACCUCGCUGACCCAGGAAGUCUCCAAGGCGGGCAAACCUGCUGGAUUCCUGCCGCUUCGGGCACGUCCCAGAAGUCAGUAGCCUGCUGGAACUUGUGUCACCUCUAGUGUUUUCAAAGCACUCCUUUCUGCUUUGGAGACUUGUUCCAGGCCAGGUCACUCAGAGCACGCCAAAAGCAUCCUCCAAGUUUAGGCAACCCGGGUAGGUUUAGCCUGGCCGCGAUAAUCUAACUCCUCUUUUCCCCAUUUGGAUUGGGUCUCACAAGGUGGCGCUGACAACCUGAUGGACCUCUGGGCUAGGUAUACCUGCACAUGUAUGCGGAGGGGAAAGGGGGGAUGAUUUCUCUCAUUCAUAUGUCGACCAGAACUUUUUGCAACGCAGCAUCACCGAACACCUGAGCUAUACCUGAAUGGACAAGGACGGCAAGAAAUCACCUCCCAGCUGUGAGACUUGAAGGAUGGCCAACCUAUGGCACUCCAGAUGUUCGUGGACUACAAUUCCCAUCAGCCCCUGCCAGCAAGGCCAAUUGGCUAUGCUGGCUGGGGCUGAUGGGAACUGCAGUCCAUGAACACCUGGAGGACCAUAGGUUGGCCACCCCCAAGGGCACCGUCUGCCAGGAACUUCCCGGCGCGUCUUGUUGAAUCGUCAGCGUAAAGGAUAUUGCGGCAGGAUUUUUGUCUUUGAUUUGAUGCAAUAUUUAUUUAUUCUUAUUUAAAGCUGAAAUGCCUUCCAGAGCGUGCAUAUACCUUUUGAGUGAAAUGCAUUGAACGCCAAAACUCUUUUUUUUAAAGAAAAAACUCUUUUCCUCAUUCAUUUAUUGUAUAUUUAAUAUAUGUAUAUGCAGCAUAGUGCGUGAAGAUUGUAGGAAAGCUCUGAAAUGAGAGGGCUGUCCUGAUUUGAUCUUGUGUGUGUGUUUGUGUGUGUGUGUGUGUGGGCUGGAAGGCACCCAAAGACAUUCGAGGCAGAUCUUUUGGCUUUCAGAGAUCUGUUGCGUUGUGAGAUCUGAUUUCCGCCUCCCAGAAAGCAUCACCGUUUAAGCACAGAGGAACUUCAGUCUCUUUCUAGAUCCAGAUUUUAUUUUAUAUUUUUUUUAAAUCAGGGAAGAGUACAAUCUCUCUCUUGCUUGGGCCGAACAAAGAAACGCAAGGACAAAAUUUCACAUUGUUCGGCAAGCGUUUGCUCCUUAUUAGUAUGGUUUUGUGGUGGAGACCUGAAAAUGCACAAUAGGAUUUAACCCUUCCCUGGAACGAGUUUGCUGUCCUUCGCCCUGCCCCACAAGUGAGAUGAAGAGAAAAGCAGCCCCCAAUACUGCAUGGGCCGAAAACUCGACUCCUUAAAACACAGGUGUCAAACUCGCGGCCCUCCAGAUGUUGUGGGCUACAGUUCCCAUCAUCCCCUGCCAGCAUCAUGCUGGCAGGGGAUGAUGGGAACUGUAGUCCAUAACAUCUGGAGGGCCGCGAGUUUGACACCUAUGCCUUAAAGGUCGCCGCUGCUACUGGUGUGUUUUCAUGGCUCAGAAUGCUUGAAAAUCCAGUCAAUUCCAUUGGGGGGGGGGAGAAACUGCUUUUUUCUUCUCUUCCUCUUUCCUCCUGCAUUUUACUUUUCUGUUGACUGCGAAAGACCGAUCACCUUUUUGACCUCUCUGGUGGGCAGCCCGUGGUGCGCUGACCUUUGACCCCUUUCUCCUUUCCAGUGGGUCUUCUCUUGUGAUAGGAAGGACGUUUUAAACUGGGUCUGGGGGACAAAAUUAUUAGAAUGCCCUGUAGCUUGGGCAAGCGUUUAAGAUGGCAGAGGCGGCAGAGGUCUGCAGAGGCGGACUGAUUUUUACCAUAUUAUCGGUUGAUUCACCCCUCCCUUUUUUUGCAAUCUUAAAAGGAUUUUCUGCAUCCUUCGAACAGAUCCCGUAGACCUAAACAAGAUUAGGCGACUGGCUUUUUCUUUCUUUUACGCUACCUGCUUUUUUCUUUCUUUCUUUCUUCCGGGAAUGUUUACAACACAUCCUUGCCUUCAGCAUCCUCCAAGAGAAUUUCACCUUCCUGCCAAGUAAGGAAUUGUUCCUUCCUCUCCCGCUUCUGUUGUGGCAAUAAAUGGGAAGAAUAGGUGGGGUACAUCUUUGACAUCAAUAAUAAGAAAUAGGAACAUUUCCCUCCUCCACCCUCCCCGAAAUAAUGAUUGUGUGAGUUGGCUGUUACAGUGCGUUGCUGUGAUUCGCGUUUGCAAUCAGUGGGCGAGAUCCAGCGGUGAAGUCCCUGGUUACACCUUUGUAAAGUGAGGCAGGAGAGAGCCCCCCCACCCCCACCCCGGGCAGCUUUGAGCAAUGGGAACCCCGUGCAUUCUCUCCUGCCCCUUAAAAGUCUUAAAACUUAAAAUAGUUUUGCUCUCCGUUGGGGGGCUCGAUGUUGUAUGUUACCUCAAAAGUUCUUAACCCGUUGUCUUUUCUUGACGAAAGAGCCCCCCCGGAGGUGGUUCCGGUUGACUAUCUGCAUUCGUUCGGCAUCCCGCCCUUCUUGAAGGGCGCUAGAAAGGUCAGUCCCAGACCUGUCCCACUGUUCUAGCGUGUCUUCCUCGACUUUGAUUCCAGGGUGACCUCUUCCGGACGGUCACGAUUCUGUCUCGCUCCGAGUCGAGGCCGAUCUUCAAAGUGGUCCCGGAAAGCUUGCUUCCUUCCCAAAGCCUUUCGUUUCCCUCAAAGACAAUGGGUGUAUUAUAAAUGUGGACUGAACAUUUUGCACUUUGAUCCUGUCGGAAGUACAUAUUUUUUUUUUUUGUGCGUGUGUGUGUGUCUAUGACGUGGAUUUAGUUGAAGUGUUAAGUUAAUAAACCUUGCUCUUCA